AUGCCUGCCACCAACGGUACCUCCAACGGCGAUGCCUUCGCCAUCCACAACGAGGGUGCUUUCCUCUUCACCUCCGAGUCCGUCGGUGAGGGUCACCCCGACAAGAUCGCCGAUCAGGUGUCAGACUCCAUCCUCGACGCCUGUCUGGCUGAGGACCCCCUCUCCAAGGUUGCUUGCGAGACCGCCACCAAGACCGGUAUGGUGAUGGUCUUCGGUGAGAUCACCACCAAGGCCAGCCUCGACUACCAGAAGGUCGUCCGUGCCGCUAUCAAGGAUAUCGGCUACGACGACUCCGCCAAGGGCUUCGACUACAAGACCUGCAACCUGCUCGUCGCUAUUGAGCAGCAGUCCCCCGAUAUCGCCCAGGGUCUUCACUACGACCAGGCCCUCGAGGCUCUCGGUGCUGGUGACCAGGGUCUCAUGUUCGGAUAUGCCACUGACGAGACCCCCGAGAUGCACCCUCUCAGCCACUUGUUGGCCCACAAGCUGAACAAGGCCAUGUCCGACGCUCGCCGCGACGGCUCCCUCCCCUGGCUGCGACCUGACACCAAGACCCAGGUCACCAUGGAGUACAAGCACGACGGCGGUGCCGUCGUUCCUCUGCGUGUCCACACCAUUGUCGUCUCUGCCCAGCACAGCGAGGACAUCACCACUGAGCAGCUGCGCAAGGAGAUCACCGAGAAGAUUUGCAAGAAGGUUAUCCCCGCUCAGUACCUCGAUGAGAAGACCGUCUACCACAUUCAACCCUCUGGUCUCUUCAUCAUCGGUGGUCCUCAGGGUGACGCCGGUCUGACUGGCCGUAAGAUCAUUGUCGACACCUACGGUGGCUGGGGUGCCCACGGUGGUGGUGCUUUCUCCGGAAAGGACUUCUCCAAGGUCGACCGCUCCGCUGCCUACCUCGCCCGAUGGAUCGCCAAGUCCCUCGUCAACGCCAAGCUCUGCCGCCGUGCUCUGGUUCAGCUGUCCUACGCUAUCGGUAUUGCUGAGCCCUGCUCCGUCUACGUCGACAGCUACGGCACAUCCGAGAAGAGUGCUCAGGAGCUUGUUGACAUUGUCCGUGCCAACUUCGACAUGAGACCUGGUGUCAUUGUCAAGCAGCUUGACCUGGCCAAGCCCAUCUACUACCAGACUGCCAAGUUCGGUCACUUCGGUACCAACCAGAGCUUCACCUGGGAGCAGCCCAAGGAGCUCAAGUUCUAA